GAGAACAUUCUUUUGAGCAGACAUAGCUAUAAAUGACCAAAUUGCCCCUGUUGAAAAAUUAUUUCGUGUUCUUAAAGAAUUGACCGCAAAACCCUAUAAAAGAAUAAACCCUGUGUCCGCGAAUGAAUUCAAGGUCUGAGACAUUACGAAUAUGGCUUCUCCAUUUAUUGCGGGAAUUGCAGUAGCUGCUGCAGCUUAUGCUGGUAGAUAUGGCAUCCAGGCGUGGCAGGCGUUCAAGGCCAGACCACCAACUGCAAGAAUGAGGAAAUUUUACGAAGGUGGAUUUCAACCUGUUAUGACGAGAAGAGAAGCAGCUCUAAUACUUGGAGUCAGAGAAAGUACUCCAGCUGACAAGGUCAAAGAAGCACAUAGGAGGGUGAUGGUGGCAAACCAUCCAGAUGCAGGUGGCAGCCAUUACCUUGCAUCUAAAAUUAACGAAGCAAAAGAUGUGAUGCUCAGGCGAACGAAGGGUAGCAGUUCUGCAUUUUAAUGGGAUUGACGUCUUUUUGUCUCGGAAGCAUCAUUAUGUAGGAACUCUGGCUGUGAGUUUCAAAAGUAGUUGCUGAUGAACAUAACUUCCAAUGUCAUUCGCUGACUAUUCAUACUGGGUGAUUCUUUUUGACCAAAAACUUGUGUUGGGCAAAUAUUAAUUUUCUAUUUUAUAUCUGUUGUAAGGUAAGGGAAAUUUAUUGUGAUACAGCUUAGAUUGCUUAAUAAUGAGUAACAUUAUUCUAUUGAUUCUA